UCAACCAGUCAGAGUCAGUGCUCUGACUCGUCGACAGGAGGGGAGAAAGUGAUGCUUAAAGCUUUUCAGAAGAACAUUUGUCGGGUGUUGAUCAUUAGAAAUCACCGUUAGUUUUUUGUUAUUCUUGUGAGAUCAUCUGUUUAGUGUCUGUCCUUUAGUUGUUUUAUUGCAGGUACAGUGAUGUAUAUUUCCAGUAAGCUGAAAAUGUUGAAUUUUACCUAUAAUACUGAUAUAUCACGUGUGCUGUAUUAUGUUACUACUCUCUUUGAUUUGUUACCUGUUUCUUGGGUUUUGAUGUGUUUUGCAGAAACGAGCUGCUGUGGAUGGAGAACCUAACGAUGGUGACUCCUCUCAAACAGCCAAUUGUGUUUGAACUUGAAGGCUUUUAUAUACCUCCAGGGUUUGGCCCUUUGCUGUUUUUUCUGGCUCUGUUUACCUACAUGGUGGUGCUGCUGGGCAAUGGUGUCAUAGUGUAUGUGAUUGUUAUGGACAAGAACCUGCACAGACCCAUGUUUGUAAUGGUGUGCCACCUGCUAGUCUGUGAUCUUUUGGGGUCCACAGCUGUGCUGCCUGGUCUCAUGAUGCACUUCUUGAUGGAGCGUAAGAGGAUUGCAUACAUCCCGGCCAUUGCCCAGGCCUUUUCUGUGCACACAUAUGGGGUUGCAGUGCAGACUGUUCUGGGUGUGAUGGCCUACGACAGGUACAUUGCAGUCUGUGAACCUCUCAGGUAUCACGCCAUCAUGACCUCGGCUCGGCUGCACUCCUGCUGCGCCCUGGCCUGGUUGCUUGCUCUGCUGCUUAUAGCUGUGCUCUUCGGCUUCCACAUGAAUGUCCCAUUGUGUGGCAGAGUCAUUCUGCAUGUUUACUGCAGCAACCGGGGUAUCCUAGGCCUGGCCUGCAUUCCCACACCUGCCAGUAACAUCUAUGGUCUGGCCAUGACCUGGACUGUGAGUACAGGGAUCUUCCUCAUCAUUGCUUUUUCCUACAUCAGGAUCCUGCACGUAUCUCUAAAACAAGGCAGAAUCAACACCAGCAUCCGCAGCAAGGCCUUUCAAACCUGUGCUUCUCACCUCGUCGUGUACGUGCUCUACCAAAUAGCCUCAGUGAUCAUAAUUGUGAGUUACAGGUUUCCUUCAGUGUCUGAAAACCUGAAGAAAUUCUUUAGCAUUCUGUUCAUCAUCGUUCCACCAGCCAUCAACCCCAUUAUCUACGGACUGGUCAGUAAAGAGUUACGCAGCAGCAUCAUUAAACACUUCACAAUCUAG